CCUCUCCACUCGCCCGCACACAAAAAUUAUCACUGUUUGUUCGCUCCAACUUUGACAACCAUCGAAUUUAGCGAUUUGUUCGACAGUCACAGUCACCGUAAGUUGGUUUCUUCUUCAUCACCAGAGUACUUUUAUUAACAUUUGGUUACAGAUGGGUAAGCCUUUUAUUUCUUCUUCUCGUUGCCGUCUUCUUCUAUCGAAUCCGACUUGCUGCCGCCAACCUUUGCGUCCAACGAAAUUUUACGAUGUCAUCACGGCCGUCCAUACACCAUUUUGCACCAACUUUGAGGACGAAAUUGAUCACUAUUUGAAGCAUGCGAACAGUUCAGACUCCAUGGAUAAAGAAUUACCAUCUAUCCUUCGGCAUCCGGGAACGAAAUGCUCAUGAUUUGCGCCCAGCGCAGCGACAACCCCCAUUCACGAAACGACAACAAGCAGGACUCUCAGAUGAAGACGGCGACAUUUGACGAAAACCACAUGGAAUGCUAACAUAUGAAUCAGGUCGUCUUCAGGAAUACGAGGUCAUUGGCCGCCACUUGCCCACCGAGGCUAACCCUACUCCCGCCAUGUACCGCAUGACCAUCUUCGCUCCCAACACCACCGUUGCGAAGUCUCGUUUCUGGUACUUCUUGCGCGGUCUUCGCAAGGUCAAGAAGGCCACUGGUGAGAUUGUCAGCGUCAAGGCUAUCGCUGAGAAGCGCCCCCAGACCGUCAAGAACUUCGGUAUCUGGGUCCGUUACGACUCCCGCUCCGGCACUCACAACAUGUACAAGGAGUUCCGUGAGAUGUCGAGAACCGAUGCCGUCGAGGCUCUGUACUCCGACAUGGCUGCCCGUCACCGUGCUCGCUUCAGGUCCAUCCACAUCCUCCGCGUUGUCGAGAUCGAGAAGACCGAUGAUAUCAAGCGCCCCUACAUCAAGCAGCUCCUCACCAAGAACCUCAAGUUCCCUCUCCCCCACCGCGUCACCAAGGCUGCCGGCAAGAAGGUCUUUGCUGCCCAGAGACCAUCCACCUUUGCUUAAAGUGUUUUCGUUUAGAGGAAGGGUUUGGCAGGGUCCUGCAGGUGUUAACUACGGAUUUAUGGAAAUAUCAAUGCAUUUGCUCCAUAAAGCGGGCAACGAAUGAAACCAAAAAUUUUCCACGAAGGCGUGUUUGACAGGUUUUUCAAAAGUGAUAUAAAAAUACUUCUUACUCAUUUCAACUGAAUCUGGACGUGCCCACUGUGUACUGUUUGUUGAUUGAGCAAGCAACUAUUAAUUUGGGUCUCGAUAGACUCCAGUAGUCCGGCCAAUACGGAAGAGCUGAACAACAAUUGCAGCAAUGUAGACG